AUAUCGACGAGUUUAAUGAGACAGACAUAAGGCAUUGGGUAACGUAGAGAUGAGAAUAAGGCCAUGAUAUAAGAGGGCUCUCAACGGGUAUAAAAGUGGACCAUCGGCAGUAGUUCAGCAUCAUCGUUCAGGAUCUUCACUGCACAAUGUACGGACUCAUCUUCGCUCUGCUCGUGGGCACCGCUGCGGCGGCCCCAUACAUGUAUGAGGACCACAUCGUGGGUGGCUCCGAGUGCGCUGCCCACUCGCAGCCGUGGCAGGUGUCCCUCAACAUCGGAUACCACUUCUGCGGAGGCUCCCUGAUCUCCAGCGAGUGGGUCGUGUCUGCCGCUCACUGCUACAUGCCCGCGUCCAGCAUCUCUGUGCGCAUCGGCGAGCACAACAUCUUCGCGUCCGAGGGCACCGAGCAGUGGAUCCAGGCUUCCAAGGCGAUCCCCCACCCCCAGUACCUCUCAGCCACCACAGACAACGACAUCAUGCUCAUCAAGCUGUCCUCACCCGCCACCCUCAACCAGUACGCGCAGGCCGUCCCGCUGCCCUCCUCCUGCGUCGGCACCGGAGUCAUGUGCACCAUCUCCGGCUGGGGCGAGACCGAGAUCAGCAUCGGUGAGGACACGGCGCUUAGACGUCCGACUACCCUGGAAAAGCCAUUUAAGGAAGACUUUUUAAAUAUUUUACAAUGUCGGUUUCAUGGUUGCUCUGUUUAGCUCUCGGAUGUGUUUUCUAGCUGUGCCACGUGGUGUUCAUCAUGAUGUCUAGCGUUUCGCUCUACUCUUUGGGAGUUCCCAACACUACUGAUGAAGCGUCGGAUGUUAUGCCGAAGAGCACUCAGUACAAUCCAAAAACAUAUCAGAGAAAUUAUUUGAUUUCUUCUCCAUACAAGCUGACACAACACUUACACAUUCUUGUACCAUGCUAAAACAUUUCAUUAAGAAAAAAAUGUUAGUAAAUUGAAGGGUAUAAGUACAUGGAACUAUGUCUAGUGAUAUUUUCGUGGAUUUUUUUUCAAUGUUUAUAGCUAAGCAUUGAAUAACAGGUCUGAGCAUGAGUAAUGCUUGACCUGGAGUUUAAACUGGACUCAGAGUUGUAACUAGACUUGUCGAUAUCUGUAAUUGUUGUGGUGUGAACUUGUGAUUGGCCACUUCUAGGCACAGGCCUCCCCCAUGUCUUCCUUUACUUUCUCAGUGUCUGUCUUCAUCUGCUUACUUUUCCCCAGGUGUAUAAAUGGGCACGAGCUACCAACCCAUUGCAUUGGCUCUGCAUUACUGGGACCUUCACGCUGAGUCCACUGACCUCUCUUCUGCCGCCCCUUCUGCUCAUGCGUUUCUCCGUCCUCACGUUACCCCAAUAUGUUUCCCCAGUGCACCAAUGCCUCACCACUGCCAACCGCGUGUCUCCAUACAGGCCGCUCCGAUGUCCUCAUGUGCAUCCAAGCGCCCGUGCUGAGUGAUACCUCCUGCAGGAACUCCUACCCCGGUGACAUCACCAACAACAUGAUCUGCCUGGGAUACCUGGAGGGUGGCAAGGACUCCUGCCAGGUGAGGUACCCUGAAGCGACUUGAGUUGAUAAGUCUGAAUGGGAGUAUGAGCGUCGAACUGCCCUCUUGCUAGAAACCAGUGCCACCUCCACCAAUCAUUCAGAUUGAGACAAAGUUAAUUACUCUCUCAGCAUCUCUUUCAUCUAAUUCAAUAUUAAUCACGUAGUUUUUUCACAGACAUAAAGGUUGGGUACCACGACGUUAGAUGCAGGAGCCAGCUGCUAAUCCCUGACCCUCUAACCCCUGAUGCCGCCACCGCAGAAUGACUCCGGCGGCCCCGUCGUGUGCAAUGGCCAGCUGCAGGGCAUCGUGUCGUGGGGUCGCGGCUGUGCCCUGCCCAACUACCCCGGCGUGUACACCAAGGUGUGCAACUACAACUCCUGGAUCGCCAGCACCAUGGCUGCCAACUGAGCGACUCACUCGGAAGCCACUUUGCCGAACAACAA